GCUGGCGUCAGAAGCGCGCGCGCUGGGAGAGCCGGUGACGAAGGCGGAAGUGCUGCCAACUGAGGCGCUGAGGGAGCAAACGAGCCUGCUUACCCUCCGCCGCAAUGGAGCUGCAAGAUAGUGGUCAAGAAAUGGCAGCUUCGCCUUCCACAUCCACAACAGGCAAGUCAAAGCUGGAUACUUUACCCAGAGAAGAUCUUAUCAAAUUUGCCAAGAAGCAAAUGAUGCAUGUACAGAAAGUGAAAUCCCGAUGUUCAGAAUUGGAGAAAGAGAUUGAAGAAAUGAAAACAAAACCUGCUGCUGGAGGAACUGAUGAUAUUAUUCAGGCCCUCACAGAGCGGCUGGAUGUUGUUCUUCUGGAAAAAGCUGAAAUCCAGCAGCAGUGUCUAGCUCUGAAAAAAGAAAAUGGGAAAAGGCAACAAGAAGCAGAGGCUGCUCUCGCUAAGGAAGAAGAAUUGCAGAAGAAGUUUGCACAGUUGAACACUGACUACCUGAAAGAAAUCGAAGGUCUUAAGAAUGAAACCAUAGCAACACAGUCCAAAUAUGAUGAAACUAUGGCCACGUUGCAAAAGGAACUGCUUGCAGAAAGGAGCAAACAAGAGCAGCUCACAGAACAGCUUAAGUGUCAGAGUAAUAACCACAAAGAAAUUAAAAGGCUACAGGAAGAGGUCCAUCAAACUAAGGCUGCCUGUGAGGAACAAAUAUUGAAUCUGAAGAAACAGUUGGAUGCUUCCAUUGAGGGUAAGAAGGAGGAAACUGCCAAACUGCAAGAGGUCAUUGAAAGCAAUUCUCAGUGUUACCAAAGGGAAAUGGAUAGAUUAGAUGAAGAACUAGAGAAACAGAGGACUACUCACCAAAAGGAAGUGUCUGAGUUGACAUGUCAGCUUGAAGCCGCUGUCAGAGCACGUGAAGAGGAGCAAAAUAAAGUGGAUCAGCUAAAGCAGAACUUAAUAGAGCAAUACAGGUUAAAAGAGAAGGACAUGCAGGAUGAAUUGCGUGCUUGUAAGGAGAAAUAUGAGCGUGAACUGGAAUACAUAAGGCAAACUCUAACGAAAGAUGUAGACAGCCUAGAAACUGGAGAUGUACAGUUGGAAACGGAAAUGGCAGAAAAGACCAGACAUUUAGAAAAUGCUUUAAAAGAACUGGAAUCUCAACACAGCAUAUUACAAGAUGAGUUAACCUACAUGAACAAUGUUAAGAUGAAACUGGAAGUGGAAAUCCAGCACGCACAGGAUGAAUUCUUCCACGAGAAAGAAGAUUUGGAGUUCAAAAUUAACGAACUGCAGCUUGCCAAAGAGGAUCACUGUGGCGUAGUUGAAAAACUAAAAUCGGAGUUGAAGGCAGUAACAGAACAACACAGGAAGACUGUAAAAGAAAAUAGUCUAGAAACUGAAGAACUGUUAGAAAAGCAUAAAAGGGAAAUUUGUGAGCUUAAACAAUCAGUAUCAUUAAGUUUAGAGAGAGAAAACCAGUCAUUGGCUCUUGAGAUAGUGGAUCUUAAAGAACAAUGUCAGAAGCACCUACAGGAGAAAGAAGAUGCAAUUGCUAGUUAUGAGAGCUUGCGUGAAACGAUGGAAACCUUUCAAACUGAAUUGGGGGAAUCUGCUGGGAAGAUAAGCAGAGAAUUUGCAUCCAUGAAGCAGCAGCAGGCUUCAGAUGUUGCUGAACUACAGAAAAAGCUUAGAGCUGCUUUCAGUGAAAAGGAUGUUCUCCUUGAGACCGUAAAUCAGCUCCGGGAACAUACUGAACAGCUCUCCUUCAAACUCGAGGAGCUGGAAGAACUAAGGCAUAAAAUAGGCACUCUCCAGGAAGAGAAGGAGAAACUUCUUGCUUCUCUUCAUCAAAGAGAGGCUGCAAUGAAAGAACUGGAAGAGGAGAAGAGUGAGCUUUCAUCACAGAAUGAUAGUAUCCUUGACAAACUGAAAUGCUCUGCUGAGACGAUAGAAAGCCUCCAGGGAAAAUGCAAAGAGGAGAAAGCAGUGGCUGUGGAGCAUCAGCAGCGGGUUGAGGCUCUUAGCCUUUGCAACAGUGAAUUGGAGCAACAGGUAGAGGAGUUGAUGGCGAAACUGAAAGUGGAAAAAGAAGAGAACCAACUAAAGCUGGGGGAAUUGGAACAGCAGGUUGAAGCUCUUCAGCAAUAUAAAGUGCACCUCUCAUCUGAAGUAGCGAGUCUACAUGAUGAAAAUAGCAAGCUCAAGGAAGACAGGGACCAAGCAGGGAAAGAGCUGGAAAGCAUUGCAUCUGAAAAGCGGGGCUGGAUUGUGUCUCAAGAGAAAGCAGAUAAUUUAGAAACGAAAUUGCAAACAGUCUGUGAAGAGAAAGACCAUUUGACUAAGGUACAUGAGGAGGAAAAGGCUUUCAGAUCGCUUGUCGUGAGUCAGCUCUGUAGCCUCCUUGAGCAGAUGGGCUCCAGAAACCCAGAAGAAAACGAAGGAGAAGAUGUAGCUGGUCUGCUGCAAGCGGCAAAUGAAUUAUUUGCAAAAAUGAAGCAAGAGAUACAAAGUCUGAACUCACAAAAGGAUGAAAACCUGCUUCUACAGGAGGAGAUGCAGAGGCUGCAGGAAGAAAAUGCAGCUCGUUGCAUGGAACUCAGAUCUCUUUUGGAUGACUAUGAAAAUGAAAAACUCUUGUUAAGAGACGAGUUGGAAGGGGCUGUUUCUGAAAAAGAAGCCCUGCAUCUAGAUAUCCAGGAGCUGAAACACGCCAGUGAAAAACUCCGGAAUGAGAACCAAGAUAUUUUAGUUUGCAUGGAAGAUCUAUCUGAAAAGCAUGCGCUCUGUGAAAGCAAAAUAAAAGAUCAAGAAGAGGAGCGGAAAAAAUUAAGCUUAAUCCUUGAGGAAAAAGAGACGGAAUUGAGAAACGUGCAGGCUGAGCUUUCUUUGCUGAAGGCUUCUGUCGAGGAGUCUUCUGCUAAAGAUGACCAGCAGUUAUCAGAAGCAGAAAAAAUGGUGACUUUGGAAAGACAACUGAAAGAGAAAGAAGAAAAAGGAAAUAAAAUCAAAGCCGUUGCCGUGAAAUUAAGGAAAGAACUGGAAUGCAGCAGGAAAGAGGCACAGUCACUUAGAGAAGAGGUGAAGUUAUUGCAGUCAGAGAGACAGCAGCUAUCAACUUCAAUGGGAGACAUCAUUCAGACAGCAGAGAGCUAUAAGAAUCUUUUAACAGAGUUUGACAAGCAAGCGGAGCAGCUGGACAUUGAAAAAGAGCGAGCGCGUAAAUUUGAACACCAAAUAGAUGACCUUACGAGACAACUGGAAAACUCUACUCAGCAGCAAGACCAGUGGCGUUCUGCUAACGAAGACCUCUUGACUCGAAUUCAGACUUUGCAAACUAACACUAAGCUGCUAGAAACACAGCUACUGGAAACUCAGAGGGCUAAAGCAAAAGUUGAUAAAGAACUCGAAGCUGAAAAGCUUCUAAAAGAACAAAAGAUAAAGGACCACACUAAUGCUGUAAAAGAAGUUGAAGAACUUCAAACCCAACUUCAGAAAGAAAAGAAGCAUCUUCAGAAAAUUCUAGAAGAGCUGGAGUUGGCAAAGAAGGAUGCACAUAAGAGUACAGUGAUGGACAUGGAAAUGGCUGAUUAUGAGCGUUGUGUAAAAGAACUUAAUCAAAAGAUUACUGACAAAAGCAGCAGAAUUGAAGACCUUGAGCAAGAGAUUAAAAUUCAGAAGCAGAAGCAAGAGACUCUGCAGGAAGAAAUCAAAUCAUUCCAGAAUUCUGUACAAGAGUAUGAGGGGAAAAACACAAAGAUCAAACAGCUGCUGGUGAAAACGAAAAAGGAACUGGCCGACUCAAAGCAAGCAGGAAAUGAACUUCUGAGACUUCAAGCAUCUUUAAAAGGGGAGUUGGAAGCAAGUCAGCAGCAAGUUGAAGUUUAUAAGAUUCAGUUGGCUGAUAUAACCUCAGAAAAGCACAGGAUACAGGAACACCUGCGGACUUCACUGGAGCAACACCAGAGGGUUCAGAGUACUUAUCAGCAGAAAUUAGCAGCUCUUCAAGAGGAAUGUAGUACGGCAAAGGCAGAAUACUCUGCUGUAACCUCCGAAUUUGAAAGCUACAAAGUCCGCGUUCAUAAUGUUUUAAAACAGAAGAAUAAGUCUUCUCACUCUGAAGCGGAUGUGACCAAGCAAGAAAGAGAACACAUGGAAAAUAUAAUAGACCAACUGAAGAUCAAAUUGCAAGACACUCAGCAUAACUUACAAAUGAAUAUAACUGAGCUUCAGUCACUGCAGUCUGAACAUGACACUCUGCUGGAAAGGCACAAUAAAAUUCUUCAAGAGACUGUGGCAAAGGAAGCAGAGCUCCGAGAAAAGCUCUGCACAAUCCAGUCUGAAAACAUGGUGAUGAAGUCGGAGCACGCGCAGAUUGUCAGCCAGCUGACAGCCCAGAAUGAAGCUCUUCGCAACAGUUUCCGCGAUCAAGUCCGGCACCUGCAAGAAGAGCACAGGAAGACUGUGGAGACCUUGCAGCAGCAGCUGUCCAAAGUAGAAACCCAGCUUUUUCAACUCAAAAGCGAGCCAAACACCAAAAGUUCUGCUCCAUCCAACCUACCAGCAAAGAACUUGCGAGAGCGGAGGAGCACUGACCUUCCUCUUCUCGAUGUCCACGCUAUCACCAGGGAGGAGGGCGAAGGAAUGGAAACCACUGACACAGAGUCUGUAUCUUCUGCCAGCACUUACAUGCCAUCGUUGGAACAGCUUCUUAAUACCCCUGAUGCAAAAUUUGAAGCUCCACACUGGGAAGCAGAACUCACCAAAGAAGAGUUGGUGCAGAAGCUGAACACCACGUCGAAGAGUGCGGAUCACUUAAAUGGACUGCUGCGCGAAUCAGAAGCCACCAAUGUAAUCCUCAUGGAGCAAAUAAAGCUUCUUAAAAGUGAAAUAAGGCGAUUGGAAAGGAACCAAGAGCGAGAAAAAUCCGCUGCUAAUCUGGAAUAUCUGAAGAAUGUUCUGCUCCAGUUUAUUUUCCUAAAAUCGGGCAGUGAAAGAGAGAGGCUUCUUCCGGUCAUAGACACCAUGCUGCAGCUGAGUCCAGAAGAAAAAGGAAGGCUGGUUGCGAUAGCUCAGGGUGAGGAAGAGAGCACAUCGCAACCUUCAGGCUGGGCGUCGUACUUGCACAGCUGGUCAGGACUGCGAUAAGACUUCUCGUUUGUUCAAACGUUCAGAGUUUGCGAUUGCACUGGGAAGAAUCUCAACACCGAAGAAUGAAGUGUAUAUAUCUGUAGCCAGGGUAGCUUGUGUCGUUUUCUCUUUUGACCAUUUUAAGCAGGUAACUGAUUUUUGGCUAAGGAUUGUAGAAGACAUGUGAACAACGAAUUCUGUUUUGUUCCCCUUUACAGUCUUUGGCUACAGGUGUGUGAGGCCUUGUACAUCUGUUAAGCUCUCCAGUCUGAAAGAGCUGCUCCACAUUUUGUGUGUGUGUGUGUGUCUGCCUGUCUGUCUGUCUGUCUGUCUGUCUGUGUCUGCCUGUCUGUCUGUCUGUCUGUCUGUCUGUCUGGAGCUGCCCUCUCCCAUUGCGUGGAGAAAUACCUUCUGUACACUGGAACUCUGGUUUGGGAUGUCCAACUUCAGCAGACAUCUUCAUUUUUUUAUUUAUCGGGGGGGGGGAGUAUCAGUAAGACUCAAGUUGACAGGUCUGACCAUGUGAUUUCCAGUUUUGCUGUUCAAAUCACCACUUCUUUAAUGACCAGCAGUAUCAGAGGCAUGCUUUUUCUCAUCAAAGUACUUUAAGACAUAGCUUAUAAAUUGCUUAUGUCUCUCAGAAGGAAAGAGGGGGCAUACAGAAAUUUUAAAAAAAAAUCUGGCUGUUUGCCCUACAUUCAAUUUAUUCAAUUCUAGGAAUCUUGCCAAACUCAUUUAGUGAUUUCUCAAGCUUAAUAAGGUAAUAUCUAGUGUUCGGGAUUUUGCUGUGUGUCAUAUACCCUCUUGAAUUGUGCAUUAAAGUCAUUAGCUAAUGAGCAUCAAGAACAAGAUGCUUUAAAACGUGACAUUUCAAAAACGAAACGAGAAAAACUUCAUUAAAUUAAGAGACAGGGAAAUGCAUUGUACUGAUUCUUAAGUAGCCACUGACGUCACUGAUUAUGCUACUCACGAAUUUACAGAGAGGGAAGAUCCUAAAAUAGGAUUGAAUUUGCUGAAGGUUGUGAAUUCUAAAUAUAAUUGUCAGUGGUCAUCGAAGAUGAGGGCUCUCUGGAAAGGGUCAGGUCUGUGUAAUUUCCAGCUAGUUCUUCCAAGGAAAGAUGCAUUUUUACCACUUAAUAAGGGGUCUAUACUUCACGUUGCCUUGUACAUCUGCUUAACACAAUUCUAGAAGCAGUACAAUUACUUUCUAAAACUAGGCUCGGUAAUUGUGAGAAUUUGGGUAACGUGUUCUCCCGCAGUGUUUCUACCCUUCUUCUUUUUUUGCCCUUCAAAUGCUUUCAGCUAUCAUUAAAAACAAGGUUUCUUACAGAACAGCCAUGCCAAAAUUUGGGGUUCUUUUCUUGGUAUGUGAGCCCUGCUUCAUUAUUCAUCUGCUCAACCAUCCACUAUAUGCUACAAGUCCAGUUAUUCCCUCUGCUACUAAUAAGUGAGAGAUGAGUUGAGACUUAAAUGUGCAAGGUCUGGAGAAGGUUCCUGCAUAAGUUCAUGUAAGUUCAUUUUAAACUGCUUUGAUGUCUGUGUGAUGCAUUCGAUAUUCAUUGAUUAUGUGUCAGCUCAUUCUGGCGUUACAAAGAAUAGAAGCGGCUGACUCCUUGAGGUAGCUAGCUGCUUCUGUCUCAAGUGUAAUUAAAGUUAAAAGAGGGCUUCCUGUUUUGUAUUCCAGCCUGCAGAAAGGGAAAUAUGAAGGGGUUAUCCGCAUGGACAAAAGACCCAUCCAUAUUUCAGUUUAUUGAGCCAAGAUAUGGUUGCCCAAAUGUUGUUGUUAUGUUCUGUAAAGAUAGUAACAUGCAUUUUCAGACAAAGGAGUAAAACAGAUGAGUGCACCUGUUCUUAAAGGGUAAUAUGAGAACACAGCUACUCUGCUUAGCUUAAGUUAUUUUACCACCUACACUGACUGCCAUCUUUAAUUUAGAAAGCAGUUGGACGGCCAGCUCCGUUGUUAGGCAUAUGAUAUACUCGAACCGCUUCUCACCAAUAAUUACACAUAAUUUCCAUUCACUAUAGCUAAUUAGAAAUACCUUUGCACAGCUUUAGUAACAGUCUGUUUUCAGAGCACAGCCAUGCCUUAUUUUUUUAAGUUUUAAAUCUGUGGACGUUAAUUUAUUUCACCGCAGCAGUGUAAGUGGUAUAUCAUUUCCCCCCUAAUGUGAGCUCCUACAGCGAUAGUUAAGAGUUGGAUGUCUUGGUUUAUGUUCUGCCGUGUAUGUUCAGAUAUUUAAACUGAGCAGGAAAUUGUCUCUGCAUUUUCUUCACCGUUUUCACAUUAGCUUGACUGAAUGCUCGCUACUUAUUGCAGGUAGGGAUACGAUUUUCAAUGUUAUUAACAGCUGUGACAAAACAAACUUCUCCUCUUUUUUGAAGUCAUUUGAAAUUCUGUUUUUAUUGUUUCAGACUGUGAAUAAAUUAUGCAUAUAGUUCAUUAUUUUUGAAAAUUUCAAUUGUAUAUUAAUUAAAAUGCUAUACUCAUGAAUGUAACAUACUGUUUUCCUGCUCUCAAUGUAACCUUUUACUACAAAGAAAGAUUGUGGAGGGUGAAUGCUGAUUAAAAUAAGAAGUACAAAACAUGACUUUUCAAUGUAAA